CACGUGAUAUAAAAACUGCCUCAUCCAAGCCCCCUUGCAGUAUUUGUUCGAUCUGUUACGUUUACGUGCGCUACUGCUCACUGCAGCACCGCUCCUCAGGCUUUCCUGCCGAAAAGAGCGGUCACAAGCAGCUCUAAGAGCUCAAGGCACCUGUGCUCAAGUCUGCAGGCUCCCGAGCGACGUGCUAACCGUACGCAGCCGUGGUGCCGCGCACUACGCGGCCGCAGCGGCACAGCUCUUAAAAGUGGACAAAAUGCACCGCGUAACGCUCGUGCUCGUUGUCGCCCAAGCGCUCGACCUCGCGCCUCUAUCCAAGCUGCGAGCCGUCUCGCUCGCCCGCCCGCCCGAGAGCCGGCUCAUCGCCGGGAAGCUCGACGACUCACACGUCGCCAUCUGGAAGUGGAAGGAGGCGACGAUGGGCGACGGCGCGGGCGCGGCCUGCACCGGUGUGGAACGGGCGCUCGCCGAGCGCGUGAAAGCGGCCACGGGCGGCGAAGCGAUCGUGCUGUCGACGUGCGCGCGCCUCGACGUCUACAGCUACUCUGACGCGGAUAAAGACCUCGCGGCCAUCGUCGCAAGUGACAUUGGCGGCGCGGCCACGACGUGGCGGGCGGCGCGGCUCUUCGCGCCGAGGUACGCCACACCCGUGGAGCCGACGCUCGCGUCGCGCUGCGGCGCCGACGCCGCGCGGCACGUUUUCGAGGUCGCGUGCUUCGCGGGCCUGGAACGGUGCGAGUUCGACCCGUUUGAUAGUCAUCAGGCGCACGUCGUCAAACAAAUAAAAGCCGCCUUCGACGACGCCGCGCGGGACGGGGGACCCUGCGGUACGCGGCUGUCGGCGCUGCUGCGGCUCGCCCUCGAGACGGGCAAGGCCGCGCGCGACGGGAAGAGUGUCAGGGCUAUCAAUACACUUCGGGGGAAGGCCCUCGACGCCGUGGCCCUCGCGACGGCGCGACAGGAAGUGGCGGCCGCCGUCGAGGAAAGAGUGUUGGAGCCCGCCGUCCUGAAAGCGGCGGAGGCGUACGCGGCGCUGGACGCGGGACCGCGAUUGCGGGAACUGAGCGAACUAGCCGACGAGGCCGUCGCCGAGGCGAUACGAUCAGCGCCGAGCGCCGCAUCCCGAGAAGCCGACUUGACGCGGGCUGCGCGGAAGGCACUCCACGGCCCACUGAUGCGAGUUCGGGCCGGCGAGGCCGUGCUGGCCGAGGACGCCAGCUCCGACGUCCGCGCGGCCGUCGCGGAAGCGCUGACUGCUGCUGCUGCGUAAUUUUUGUAAUGUUCGUGAACCACCACCCCCGCGUUACCCGCGGGCCGCGAC